GCCAAGCAUGAGUAGCGUGUCUCUCCCACGCGCAUGGAGCGUGAUUGAUCACGCAGUGCCAGCAGAGGCUUCACGCAAGUUGUGCGACUUCCAUCAUUACUCUCCCGGAAACAAAUGUCAAAUACGUUUCCAAACAUCACACGCGUCCCACGUGCCCUAUUUGUUCUCCACGUGUCUUCAUCUCGUCCAUCCUCGAGGGUAGAGGCUCUCCAGUAACCGAUAAGGAACGUGAACCGGAGUGGAUGAAGCACGUGAAGUGCAUUUCACACACUACCUCUUCACUUCCCUACCAAGCCACCAAACUAAACCCUUGCUUUUGAUUCGCAACACCGCGCACACGACUCUCAGUUUCUGUUUUUAUCUCUCUCGCGUUUUUUUUAUAUUAUUUAUUAUUUGUUGAGAUAGCUGAAAUUUGGAAGAUCUGAUAAGAAAAAAUUUUAAGAUCCGAAAAUAUUAAUUUAGAAGAUGAAGAGCGUGGAGUGGGACGAUGAAGAGAAGGCGAUGGUGGGAGCGGUUCUUGGAGGUGGAGCGUUGGAGUUUUUGAUGAGAAAUUCAGUAUGGAAUGAGAGUGUUUUAAUGGCGGUUGGGAGCGAAGAGGGAGUUCAGAACAAUCUAUCCGAUCUGGUGGAGCGUCCCAACCACUCGAAUUUCAGUUGGAAUUACGCCAUUUUCUGGCAACUCUCUCAGUCCAAAUCCGGUGAUUGGGUUCUGUGUUGGGGCGACGGAUGCUGCAGAGAACCGAACGAAGAAGAAGUGGUUGCUGUGAGAGGAAGAGGGAGGGUUGUGGAGGAAGAGAUGCAUCAGAGGAUGAGAAAGAGAGUGCUGCAGAAGCUUCACACCACUUUCGGUGGUUCCGAUGAAGACAAUUAUGCAGUUGGCCUCGACCACGUCACUGACACCGAGAUGUUCUUUCUGGCCUCCAUGUACUUCUCCUUCCCUCGCGGCCACGGUGGCCCUGGUAAGUGCUUCGCCUCCGGCAACCAUUUAUGGCUCAAAUCUGUUUCCGAUUACUGCGUCCGUUCUUUCUUGGCUAAAUCCGCCGGAAUACAGACUGUUGUUUUGGUCCCCACCGAUUUGGGAGUUGUAGAGUUGGGUUCUGUUAGAAUCUUACCAGAGAGUUUUCAACUCUUGCACACCGUUAAGUCUCUCUUUUCCACGCAUUCUUCUAAUGCCCUUUUCACCGGUUUGGCCAUUGGGGAUGGCAAGGUAGACGCAGGAGUUCCAAUUCCCAAGGUUUUUAGAGAGAAACUUGCUGUUAGGAAAAUGGAGGACAAUGAUAGGGCUUGGGGAGGUCACCCCAGGAACGGUCUUCAAGUUGAGAAUUUUGCUCCUAGGACAUCCACUAGCAGUGUCGCCAAUGCUGUGAGACACGAUUUCAGGCUUAGCAAUACCUAUCUACCUCAAAGGCAGGUGCAAAUGCAAAUUGAUUUCACUGGAGCUACUUCAAGGCCUUCUUCGGUGAGGCCGGUUAUUGCGGAAUCAGAACUUUCUGAUGUCGAGGCUUCCGGCAAGGAGGAGCAACCCACUGUUGCUGAUGAAAGGAAGCCCAGAAAGCGAGGCAGGAAGCCGGCUAAUGGAAGGGAAGAACCUCUCAAUCAUGUUGAAGCAGAGAGGCAGAGGCGUGAGAAGCUCAACCAGCGCUUCUAUGCAUUAAGAUCUGUUGUGCCUAAUAUCUCCAAGAUGGAUAAGGCGUCCUUGUUGGGUGAUGCCAUUGCUUAUAUCAAUGAGCUUCAGGCUAAAGUUAGGAUCAUGGAGGCUGAAAGAGAGAGAUUUGGAAACACUUCAAAGGAUGGCUCAGUUUUGGAGGGCAACUCAAGUUUGGACAACCAGGAAAAGGAAGCUCCUCAUGUGGAUGUUCAAGCUGUUCAAGAUGAGGUCAUUGUAAAGGUGAGUUGUCCUCUUGAUGCUCACCCUCUUUCCAAAGUAAUCCAAACACUCAAUGAGGCACAAAUCAAUGUUGUAGAGUCUAAACUUGCUGCUGCAAAUGAUACUAUUUUUCACACAUUUGUAAUUAAAUCACAAGGAUCUGAACAGCUUACAAAGGACAAGUUAAUUACUGUAUUUUCCCCAACAGAAUCCAACUCAUUGCAGCCAUUGUCAUCAGUUGGAUAACAGGAAAUCUCAGUUACCAUAGUCCAUAGGGAUGUCAUACGUAGAGAAAAAUCAAUUUUAAAAGCUUCCUAACUAGAGUAGUAGAAUAAUAGCUCCCAUUAACCAUGUAGGCAGCCGAAUUAUGUUGUCUAUAGUAUACACAUCAGAAAUAUUGUCCCUGCAAUGUCAAUUAUUUUAUUUAGUUUAACCAAAUCUAUUUGUUAUGGUUAAAGAAUGUCAUGUCUUUCAGGGUUUUUUUUUCUUCUUUCUUGUGCAUAGAAGGAAGAUUAGUUAAUUUUGACUGCUUUUGUUAUUUUAAAUUUUUAUAUUUUAUCGUUGUGUUCUUCCUUGGAGAGACAUAUAAUUGUAAAUCUGUUUCAUUUUUUUAUAUUCAAAGUAGGGAGGAGUUCUCCUGUUGCAAGUAUACU